AUGGCGACGACGACGAGGGCAGCUUGCCGCGCACUGUUCACAUUCUUGGUUGUCCUCGGCGCCCGCGCCUCCGCUAGCGAUGAUUUCGCGCCGUCGACGGACGUGGAUACAAAAACAACUGCACCUACAGGGUGGCGCCGCUUCACCCCCGCCGAGCUCAAGGGGUACGAGUACGUCCUCGGAAUCCCGAUGCCACACGGGUGGUCGGGUCGCAUCUGGGGCCGGACCGACUGCUCUACCGACGGCAACGGCAAGUUCACGUGCGCCACGGGUGACUGCGGCUCCGGCCGUCUGGAGUGCGACGGAGGUGGCGGCGGCGGGCCCGCGCCGGCAGCGACGGUCGCCGAGUUCGCGCUCGGCGUCAAAGGCGGCACGGACACCUACGACAUCAGCCUCGCCGACGGGUACAACCUGCCCAUGCUCGUGGCGCCUUACGACACGAGCCAUGGCGGCGGCCAGCCGUUGGGGAACGCCGGGUCAUUGCAGAACGCGUGCCCGACGGCCAAAAGCUACGCUGUUGUCGACGCCGCCUCCGCCUCCACCAGCUUCAGCUGCGCCGUCGUCAACAACACCUACACCGUCACCUUCUGCCCCGACAACAGCGAAUUUGACCCUAAAUACUACUACUAG